AGCAAACUGCAUCUAACCAACUUGCUUAUGAAGCAAAGACAUUCCUAAAACAGUCUAUUUCUUACGCUAAUUAUCGAGAUAAAAGCAUGGAUUCGCCGAAGCUUACAGAAUUGCUCGCAACCUACGUCCACGCAGUCCACAUUCUCCAUCACCAUGGCGUACUCGACGGAUUCGGCCAUCUCUCGGUGCGGAACCCCGAAGAUCCGGCAACCUUCUUCAUGAUGUAUCAGAAGGCACCGGUCCUGGUCUCGGGGCUGGACGACAUCGGCUUGUACUAUGUCUCCGAUGCCGAUUCUGUCCUCGAGAACACCCGUGCGCCGCCGGUGGAGCGUUUCAUCCACAGCGAGAUUUACAAGCGGUUUCCCGACGUCAACGUGGUGUUGCACGGCCACCCGGAGGAGCUGAUCCCGUACAGCAACAGCGACCUGUCGUUGCGCGUUGCCGUCUACAUGGCAGGCUUCUUGGGGCACAGAGUCUCCAAAUUCGACAUCACCAAGUACUACCUCCCGGAUGACCCACAAGACUUCCUGGUGCGGAACCAGCGCCUGGGCGAGGGCCUCGCCAAAACGUUCGAUGCCAACGGGUACCUUGUUGACAGCGAAAGGAGACACAACCUGGUUCUGAUGCGCAACCACGGCUUCACCUCCAUUGCAGCCGACAUCAAGACGGCCACGUACCAAGGGAUUUAUGCCCUAGUCAACGCCAGGGCUCAGUCGGAGACGAUCAAGGUCCGGCAAGCCUACGGUGGUGCGGAGUUGACAUUAGCCACCAAAAUUACCUACCUUAAUCCUCAGCAAAUUGCUGAGAGCUGGCAGGCGGAGAGGGAGCUCGUGGAGAUACCUUGGGCGGGAUGGCUGAGGGAGGUCAAGGUCAACCCGUUGUACGUGAAUCGGUUGGAUCCGGAUCGUGGAGCUGACUAG